AUGUCACAACUAGCGUCUUCAAUGAGUAACCUUGAAAAUGGUAAAGGAAAGUUACCAUCUCAAGUAAUUCCCAAUCCAAAGGAGAACGCAAGUACAAUGCUUCUACGAAGUGGCAAGAAGGUGCAGUUCUCAAAAUCAGAAGCAGCAGGAGUGAAGGAUGACCAAGUAUCCGGGGAGCUUGAGAAGGAAAAAGUAAGCACCCCGCCAGAUGUUCCUAAAACCUUUGACAUUAACUCUCCGUUUCCUGGCAGGUUGGCUAAAGCCAAAAAAGAGGACUCAGUGAAGGAGAUCUUGGACACCUUUAGGAAAGUGAAAAUCAACAUCCCUUUGCUUGAUGCGAUUCGGCAAUUACCAAAAUAUGCAAAGUUUCUGAAGGGGCUGUGCACUAACCGAAACAAGUUGAAUGUUCAAGACAAAAUAAAGGUCGGUGAAAAUGUAUUAGCAGUCCUUCAAAGAAAGUUACCGCAAAAAUGCAAAGAUCCAGAUAUGACCUUAAAUUUAGAACCUCUAAAAGAGACAAGGGUAGUAAUUCAACUAACUGAUAGGUCAAAUGUUUAUUCUGAGGGUGUAGUUGAAGACGUCUUAGUAAAAGUUAAUGAGUUUAUCUUUCCAACUGACUUCUAUAUUGUUGACAUGAAUGAUGAUACCUCAGUUAAUUCAGCUGUACUUCUUCUGGAUAGAUCAUUCAUGAGUACUGCUAGAAUAAAGAUAGAUGUACAUGAAGAUCAUUUUGAGCAGAAUCUUAUGGCGGACAAGCUGAAAUUUAUGUUACAACAGAGCAAGAUGAAUGAAGAGGUGGAAAGCGUGGAUGAUGAGGAUACUGUAGAAGUAAUUAUGUCACUACAUUCACUUCCUGCAUUUCCUGACAGGCACCAGAGUUGA